AUGUUUGCUGUGGCCAAAUGUUUAGAUGGGCACAAAGUGGAUAUUGUGACAACUUCUGAUGAACUGGCAAUCCCACAGUCGGAAGCACAUAAAGCAUUCUUUAAAUUGUUUGGUCUAAGUGGGGCACACAACAAGGUAGACAAUUGGAAAGUAGAUAACUGUUAUGGGGCAGAUAUCGUGUAUGGUGCGGUGGAAAACUUUCUAUCGGAUAUUUUACAUCAAGAGUUUUAUAAAUAUAACCGACGAGGGCAACGCAAUCACGACGUUGUGGUUGUAGAUGAAGUAGACAGCAUGUUUAUUGAUGAACAGAAUUCAUCCGUGCAUUUGUGUUCCGGUACACCAGGAAUGAAUCACUUAUUGCCAAUACUGUCAACCAUAAGGGCACAAGUGAACCGUGCGGAACAGUACAUUCGGGAACAAGAUGACCAGUUGUAUUAUAUUAACUAUGAAGCGCAGAAGGAGAGCCAAAACGAUGACGAGUUGGUGAAUGAAUUGUUGCUUGGAGUUGCACAGGAAAAUAUCAAAUUGUAUACAUCUGGAGAAGAAUCGAAUGUGAUUCGGCAGUUGUUGGAACCUGGUCAGAUAUUCAUAGCAAUAAAUAUAGCAGGUCGCGGGGCAGAUGUUCAGCCCUCUUUGAGCGUUGAAAACAAUGGUGGCAUGCAUGUUUGCAUUAGAUUUCCACCAUCAAACGAAAGAGUUCAGAGACAGAAUGUCGGUCGAACCUCGCGCACCGGAAACAAGGGAACCAGUCAGUUUAUUGUUUUGGAUACACAGGGUAGGAGUACCGAACAAAUACGGCAGGCAAGAGAUUUCGUCGAAAAGAAGAAACUUAUGGAAAACCAACGAAGGGUAGAAAAGCUGGUUGCCAACGACAAAGCCUUUCAGCAGUAUUCUACUAUUCUAAACGAUAUCGACUGCGAAUACGACCGUGCAGCUGUUGAAGAGAGGUUGGUAAUUUGGUUAAAAAUGCAACAUGGCGUUUGGGAUGACACCGGUGAAGUCACCAACAGCGAUUUCGCAGCAUUCAAGAAAAGAACACUGGAGGAUAAAGAGAACGGAAAUCUUAUUCAGUACCCGUAUUACUAUGUGUUGAAGGGCAAUAGUUUUCUGAUUAGAGGGGAAUAUAAAAAAGCUAUUGACGAUCAAACAUCAACUGAUUCCCGUCCAAUGGAUCGUGCUCCCGAUUAUGCACAGGAGCAGGCGACUGCAAUUAUGCGUACCAAGAAGAAUUUACGGACAAUGCUAACCAAUCAGUUGAUUGACAUUAUGUGUGGCAUUGUGAAAGAUGGUUUCUAUAAACCUGUUACUGGAUAUGUUGUAGACAAGCGAGAGGACCGCGUUUGGAAAUCCUUUAGCCAUAAAAUCAAUCUUGAAUUAAGUUUAUAUCAAGCACAGAGACGGAUUAUUUUUAGGUCAGAUCCUACAAAGCGUCAUCGUCUUGAUCCAGAUGAAUUGAAGAAUUUAGAUAACGAGAAUACAAGGAUUCAAGCGCAAAACAUUGUUACCAAUCUGAAGAAUGGCGGCAAGGUCGGAAUUGGUGAACUCCCGUAUGCGGCUCAUGCUCUCAGAAGACCAAUAACAGUUUUGGACGAACACGGCAACGUUUUUGUAAAUAUUCGUGCUGGUCAAGAAGGUGAUCCAAUCAAGAAAAUCAAUAUGAUAAAAAUACGUGCGGAUGAAGCUUUGUUACCGGUCAUCACUGAUUUGAGUAAUGAACUUAAAACACGGUUACUAGAAUAUGAACAGUACGAGAAAAAGAGCGGAAGUUCAAAGCACCAACAUAGAGAAUGCAAGCGUGUUUGGCGAUGCUUCUGGAAGACGGAGAUGAUGAUGGGUGCCAUGUGGGUGGAAUUCGACAAUGGAACCCAUUUUCAAGCGCUGACACUGUCAGGACCAAUUGACAGCCCUGUGGAAAAACGUUAUGUCAAGGAUAAAGUGGUUUCACAGUUAAUUCUUUAA